ACCGUCCCUUCCUGUUUUACUGGCGAUCAGAGAGAAACAUUGACGCCGCGAUAGAGACGCGCAAGCUUCGAUUAUGUCUGGAACCACUCGCACCGUCCGACACCGGGAUUUUUGUUUGCCUACGUAGACCGGCAACCAGCAAUGUCGCCUUAUAGCGCAUAUAUGACACUUGACGAGUUGUAGUCUACAUAUAUAUAUUUAUUUGUAUCGCGCUGCUGCAACCCUUGCUCCUUCUGUCAAUGAUUGUCCUACCCAUAUAAGCCUACUCAUGGCGGAGACCAAAAUUAUAUACCAUAUCGACGAAGAAGAAACCCCUUAUUUAGUGAAGCUGACGGUUUCUCCGGAAAAAGUCACGUUGGCGGAUUUUAAAAAUGUCCUCAACAACCGACCGGUCAACAGUUACAAAUUCUUUUUCAAGUCUAUGGAUCAGGAUUUCGGAGUCGUCAAAGAAGAAAUCUCCGAUGAUAAUGCCAAGCUGCCUUGCUUCAACGGCAGAGUGGUGGCCUGGUUGGUGUUGGCUGAAGGCACACACUCGGAUGGGGGAUCUCAGUGCACAGAGAGCCACAAAGAGCUGCCGCCCCCUUUGGAGAGAACCGGAGGGAUUGGAGAUUCCAGACCCCCCUCUUUCCAUGCCAAUGCGGUGAGCAGUCGAGAUGGUCUGGACACAGAGACGGGCACAGAGUCUCUCCAGAGCCAGCGGAGGGAGCGCGAGAGGGAUCGAGCUCACAGGAGGGCGAGAGAAGGUGAAUUCCCUCGGGUGAACGGUCAUCCGAAAUCGGAGCGUCUGAACCGUGACUCGGCUGUUGUUUAUGACAGUGCGUCUGUCAUGAGCAGUGAACUGGAAUCCAUCUUUAUUGACAGUGACGAGGACGCCAGCAGUCACAGACUCAGCAGUUCGACAGGGCAGAGCUCUUUAUCACACUCAAUGCGGAAACACAAACUCACACGACGGAGACCAAAAGACCACAAGAUGAACAGAUCGUCGUCCUUCAGUAGUAUUACAGACUCCACCAUGAGCCUCAACAUUAUCACUGUCACUCUAAACAUGGAGAAGUACAACUUCCUGGGGAUCAGUAUAGUCGGUCAGAGUAAUGACAGAGGAGAUGGAGGUAUUUAUAUUGGCUCAAUCAUGAAAGGCGGAGCGGUGGCGGCGGAUGGGAGGAUCGAGCCUGGAGACAUGCUGUUACAGGUGAAUGAUGUGAACUUUGAAAACAUGAGUAAUGAUGAUGCUGUCAGGAUUCUGCGGGAGAUCGUCUCCAAACCUGGGCCAAUAAGCCUUACAGUGGCCAAAUGUUGGGACCCCUCUCCGAGAAGCUACUUCACAAUCCCUAGAGCCGAGCCGGUGAGACCUAUUGAUCCUGCAGCCUGGAUCACACACACUACAGCACUUUCUGGGCCGUUCCCACAUUAUGAGUUUGACGACCUUCCGCUUUCAGUGUCUAAAACGGAUAUGGCAACUAUAGUAAAGGUCAUGCAGCUUCCAGAUUCAGGCCUGGAGAUCAGAGACCGAAUGUGGUUGAAGAUCACUAUAGCCAAUGCUGUCAUUGGAGCGGAUGUUGUUGACUGGUUGUUUUCUCGGGUGGAAGGAUUCAAGGAUCGCAGGGAUGCCAGGAAAUACGCCAGCAGCUUGUUGAAGCACGGUUACCUGAGACACACAGUCAAUAAAAUCACCUUCUCGGAGCAGUGCUACUACACUUUUGGAGAUCUGUGCCAAAAUAUGGCUUCUCUCAAUCUAAAUGAGGGAUCCAGUGGUGGUGGCUCUGACCAGGAUGGUCUCGCUCCUCUUCCUGCUCCAGGAACAAACCCGUGGCCCCUCGGUGGGCAGCCUUACCCUUACCCGGGUUACCCCACCCCUCCGCCAGGCUUUCCUCCUGGAUAUUCAGAUCCCUGCCACAGUUUCCACAGCGGCAGCGCAGGCAGCCAACAGAGCGAAGGCAGCAGAAGCAGUGGCUCAAACCCCAGCGCUGGCAAAGGACGCAGGGCCUCGCCCCGAGAGAAGGAACACAAGGCACCCUGCUGUGGUGGCAGUGAAUCAGAACUGGUCACAUGGGUCACAAGAAGGGGCGAAAGAGCACCCAGUCAGCUGAGCCACCAAAGCCACAGCCGCUCGGCCGCCAGCCAGUCCCAAUCCGCUUACAGUCACGGCCACACACAGUGCCACCUCAUCCCACAGCACAGCCUCAGCUUCAGCUACAGUCAUGCUCCAUUCAUUCAGCCCAGUCAUCUGUCUUGUGCCCACAGCGAGAGGAGUCACGGCUCUUCUUAUGGCCCGCCGGGUUUACCCCCUCCCUACUGCCUUGCGCAUCUCGCCCCCAAAACAGCCACGGGCAACAGCAACAGCCCGCCCGGAGCUCCUCCGGUUCGAGAGAUUGGAAACGUCCCGCCAGAACUCACAGCAAGUCGGCAGUCUUUUCAGCACGCUAUGGGCAAUCCGUGUGAGUUCUUUGUGGAUAUUAUGUGACAGGAGAGAGUGCCUUCAACAGUUCACUUCAUGAGGUUUUGCUACUGACGAUCCGAUACCUGCACUGAGAAUGUACACACUGAUGCACAAUCUAAAGGAAGAGUUCACCUAAUGCUGGAAAUUCUGUCGUUUGCUCUAAACUUAUUCUGUGAAACAGGAAAAUCUGUUUAGUUGACUAACGUUAACUGAAACUAUGAAAUUAUUUCAUUUAUUAAUUUUCCUUUGGCUUACUCCCUUUAUUCAGCAGGGGUCACCACAGUGGAAUGAACUGCCAACUUAUCCAGCAUAUGGAAACUGGGAAACACCCAUACACACUCAUACACUAAGGCCAAUUUAGUUUAUUUAAUUCACCUAUAGCGCAUGUCUUUGGACUGUGGGGGAAACCGGAGCACCCGGAGGAAACCCGCACCAACAUGGGGAGAACAUGCAAACUACACACAGAAAUGCCAACUGACCCAGCCGGGACUCGAACCAGCGACCUUCUUGCUGUGAGGUGACAGUGCUAACCACUGAGCCACCGUGUCGCAUGAAAUUAUUUAUUUUCAGUAAUUUAAAUAAAACUUAAUUAAAAUAUACACAUAAAAAAAUGAGUGUUGUAAUAUUUCUAAAAUAUUAUUAAAAUUAUAACUAGGAUGAAUUCAAAAUAAACAAUUAUACAGUUAAGCUGUUUUAAACAUGUAUUUUAAAUAGCACAUAAGAAGCACAUACAAUUGCGACAUUUUAAUUUAAAUUUAAAUGAACGCUUAAAAAAUGCAUUCAUUUUAGUAUAUAAAUAAUACUUUUAUUAUUAAGUAUUAUUAUGUAUUAUAGCUAUUUUUUCUAAAUCACAAAUAAAAUGCACAUACAAUUUCUAUUCAAUCUGACACUAGAUAUUAGUCAGAGAACCACAGCACCAAAAUACUUCAACUGCUCCAAUCUAACAGCAGAACACAAUUGCAUUUUCUUUCUCUUUGAAUUAAGCAAUAGAACAACAUAUUCUUGCAUUAAGAACAAUAUAAAAAACACAAACCAAAUAAAAUAAAGUCAGAAUUAUUAGCCCCCCUUUUUUUCUUUUUUAAAUAUUUCCCAAAGUAUGCUUAACAGAGCAAGGAAAUUUUUCACAGUAUGUCUGAUAAUAUUUUUUCUUCUGGUGAAAAUCUUAUUUGUUUUAUUUCGGCUAGAAAAAAGCAGUUUUUAAUUUUUUUAAAAAACAUUUUAAGGUCAAAAUUAUUAGCCCCUUUAGCUCUUGUUUUUUCUAUAGUCUACAGAACAAACCAUCAUUAUAUAAUAACUUGUCUAUUUACCCUAACCUGCCUAGUUAACCUAAUUAACAUAGUUAAGCCUUUAAAUGUCACUUUAAGCUGUGCAGAAGUGUCUUGAAAAAUAUCAUGGCAAAGAUCAAAAUGAAUCAGUUAUUAGAGAUGAGUUAUUAAAACUAUUAUGUUUAGAAAUGUGUUGAAAACAGAAAUUGGGGAAAAAAUAAGCAGGGGGGUUUAAUAAUUCAGGGGGGGGCUAUUCUGACUUCAACUGUAUAUAAUAAUAAUAAUAAUAAUAAUAAUAAUAAUAAUAAUAAGAAGAAGAAGAAGAUAGAUAGAUAGAUAGAUAGAUAGAUAGAUAGAUAGAUAGAUAGAUAGAUAGAUAGAUAGAUAGAUAGAUAGAUAGAUAGAUAGAUAGAUAGAUAGAUAGAUAGAUAGAUAGAUAGAUAGAUAGAUCUAUACAUUGACUGCUUUUAAGUAUGUAAUUCUCAUCAAAUACAUUUAUUCUUUUUAUCAUUCAUUCAUUUUCUUUUCGACUUAGUCCCUUUAUUAAUCUGUGGCUGCCACAGUGUAAUGAACCGCCAACUUAUCCGGCAUAUGUUUUACACUUCCAGCCACAACCCAACACUAGGAAACACCCAUACACUCUUGCAUUCACACACAUACACUACAGACAAUCUAGCUUUUUCAAUUCACCUAUCCGCUUGUUAAAUGUGACAUCACACGAAGCGGCUUCUGGGUCCAAGCGCUAUAUCAAACUGUAUGGGGAGACUCAUCAAAUGGUAAUAAUAAAUGUUAAAUAGUUAAAAUAUUGGUGUCUGUGAUUCAAGUUCAGAGACUGUUGUGUACACUAUGAUUUCAUAUAAAUAUAAUGUGUGAUAUGACUAAAAAGUGGCCAUAAAUAUUUUCUCAAUUCAAAUUAGUAGCGGCUUGGACCCGGAAACAAUAUUCCACUCGUCAUAAUUUAACAAGUGGAUAGCACAUGUCUUUGGACUGUGGGGGAAACCGGAGCACCCGGAGGAAACCCACGCUAACACGGGUAGAACUGACCCAGCCGGGCCCAAACCAGCGACCUUCUUGCUGUGAGGUGAUCGUGUUACCCACUGUGCCACCGUGACGCCUUUAUACUAUAAAAUAAAUCUAAAAGUGAUCAUGUUUUUUACGAUUUAUUUAUAACAGUAUUUUCAAAUAUUAUUUUAGAAACCGACUCUAGAAGUGCGUACAAUUACUAAAAUUUAAGCAAAAAUUUUGAUUUAGUUACAAACAUGUUUUACAUGUUUAAUAUGAAGAUGAAUAUCCAAUUAAUUUCCAUAAAAUGAAAGUGGAUCGUUUAUUAAAUGAUUAACAACAUGUAUUAAGCAGCCCAGGCUACUUUCAUUUUACUUUUAUGAUAACUUUGAAAGUUUGAUUUUUGUUCAUCAUAUUGGAGCUUGACAGCCCCAGUCGACACACUUCUUGUGUGUGACAAAAAACUCACGAGAAUAUCAAUUAAAUAUUAACUUUUAUUGUUCAUCACAAGUGUGCAAGCAUUUGAAACAUGAGCAAAUGAUGACAGAAUGUUCAUUUUUAGGUCUGCUCUUCCUUUAAUGUCCAUCCAAUGUUAUUUAGAUCAGCGAAGAACACUUAAAAAAAAAAAAGCACAAUCGCAGAGCUAGUUCAGACUCUGGCACAAAAACACAGCAGUAGCAGCACAAGAUAACACAAUUACUAAGCUUUUAUCAGGAAUCUCGAUGUAUCCGAUUGUCUGCUUCUUAUACUCGGCUGCUCUGCACUUUGCACAAGUUACAAGCUAGACACAACAGUCCAAACCCUGACAUAUAUAUCCAAUUGCAUUUGAUUGAUAACCCUGUCGACAAUCAGACAUUGUUGUUAUUACAACUGACAUCCCUAAACAUUGCUGAAUGUAUCGUCUUGGGAUGCUACAACCACGUUAACUCUCUCAUUAGCAUGUUAAAGGAACACUCACUUUUUAUUUUUGGAAAUAGGCUAUUUUGAGCCGAUCUCUGGGUUUUGCAGGAGCACUUUUAGCUUAGCUUAGCUCAUUGAAUCGGUUUAGACCAUUAGCAUCUCACUCAAACAUUUCAUAAAGUGAUAUGUUUUUGAUUAGGUUUUGAGAGUUUUACUAUAAAGCUUGACUCUUCUUCUGGCUAGGAAUUAUACACUCAAUUUGGCGUAAUGAUCAAGGAAACAUGACUGCAGCAAGCAUAAUGUUAUUACGCAGUGCUGAAAAUAGUGCACAGUUAGAUAAUUUGCUAACAGUGACAUAUAAAAUCAGCUUUGUUUAUUUUAUAUCAGACUUAGCACAAAUAAAAUCUUUCUUGAGUUUGAGCAAGAUGCUAAUGGGCUAAUCUGAUUUAAUGAUCUAUGCUAAGCUAAAAGCACUCCUGCCAGACAGAAAUCAACUGAAUAAAUUAAAAACAGCUACAACUAAACUGUUAACUCUAGAGGAGUUGUAAAAUGAGCAGAUUUCUAAAUAAAGUUGAGUGUUCCUUUAAACUAUUGCUAAAAAUGUUAAUGUUGGACUCAUGGUUGCCAAAUGUACAUGAUGAUACAUUUUUGACUAUAACAAACAGGUGCUUUUCUUCGCAUCUGUGAACUGACUGUUCAAACAUCACCAGUUGUCUUAGUACUGACCACUGUAUUACAAACAUCACUGUACAGAUAAUGCAGUAGAGAGCGUUUAAGGUGUAAUGAUACUAAAACAGGCAGAUAGGAUAACCAAAUUCCCAGUUAUUGAGUGGUCUAAAAUGAUUUUUUUAAUGGAGGAAAGGACAUGGUGUCUGUUAUGGUCAUGUUUACUUGUAAAGCAGUGAGGUGUUGUUUGAGAAAAUGCGUUUGUAAUGUUUUAUUUUUUAUAUUAUUCCAUGAACUCAUCUAUCUGCCUGAGCCAAACCAGAAAUGAGUUAGCUUGCUUUUUUUUUGGUCAAGCACUUUUGGACUGAAACUUCUGGGCCCUUUAGAAUGAAAACACUGAUUACAGUGGAAGCUGUUUGCUUUAUUGUUUCUUGACAAAAGAGGAAUAAUAAAUUGUAAAUAUAAUGACACAUAUAUAUAUAUUAUAAAUAUAUAUAUAAAACAGAGAAAAUAAAAUGUAUGUAUGAAGAAGUG